GAGUUUUAGGGUUUCUGUUUUUCGACGCUUUACUUUCUUUGAAAAGGCGAUGAUAAGCAUCAUUUUCGUUGAUCCGUCAGAAGUUAUAACCGAAAGAACCGAUUAGUCGAUUUUUAACUUGUCUAGGGUUUUUUUUUUCAUGGCAGAUGCUUCGCGGGGCCGUGUUACUAUUACUCUCGGCCGUACCGGCCAGGUGGUGAAGAGGGCUGGCCCUGCAUCCGGUGUUGAUCUUUCUGAUUCUCAUCCUGUUUCUGGAAGUAAGCGAUCUGUAAGGGAUAGGUUAGGAGGCAACGCAGAUAGCUCUUCGUUGCAUGGAAGUCAGCUAAACAACAAACGACAAAGAGGAGAUGGUUAUACUACAAGUUUGAAUGACAAUGGCUUGAAUGCUGUUCACAUUGGUAAAGAUGACCUCCGAUUUAAACUCAUGCAAAAGAAUGUGUUUAGACGGGCUCUGAGUGAUGAAAACAGGAAGGACAUGGACCUUCGUGAAAAGUUGUCAAGAAUGGGACAGCCUUACGAGACACAUCAAACAUCUGAGUCAAGGGAGCGAAUACCUGAACCAAGGGAGCAAGUGCUAGAGUCUAGGGAAACUAGCAUCUUGGGCAGAAUUCCUUCCACAAGAAGUGUGGAUGAUUUGCCUCGUGUUACCACUUCAAGAAGUUCUUAUUCUCCUUGGACUUUAGAUCAUUUAAGGCAACGAUUUCCAGACAGAGUAAUGGGUUCUUCUAGGGGUUUAUCUCCCCCAAGAAAUGCUGAAGAGUUUCAGAGAAGGCAGGUAAACAGGACAUAUGAUGAUGUCAGACCAGUUUCAUACAUGGGAAAAGAUGUUAUUGAUGCUCCAGGGGUGAGUACAACAUCUUUUGUUACAAAGUCCAGAUUGCCAACCACUUCAGCAAAGCCCAUGCCACCGGGCCCCCAAAUUCCAAGUCCAAUUCCUCCAAGCAGCAUUGUACAAAAAAAUUCGUACUCUGGUGCUGAACAACAAACUGUUGAAGGCUUGCUACAUUCAUUGGGGCUUGGAAAGUAUACAAUUACCUUCAAGGCAGAAGAAGUGGAUAUGACUGCAUUGAAGCAGAUGGGUGAAAAUGACCUUAAAGAGCUAGGAAUACCUAUGGGCCCUAGGAAGAAGAUACUUCUGGCUCUGCUGCCCCGUUCCAAAAGGCAGCCAUGAUUUUUACUUUAAUGUAUUCAAAGGAAAACCAUUGUAUCUGUAUUUGGUGGGUUAAGGAGUGCACAUUUUGUAAGGUUGAUCAAUCUAUUUGUAAGUGGUGGCAAGGAAUUUGAGAUGCCUAGAAAGUAUUCAUCGUCAAUAUCAAAAUAUUUUUAGCGUC